CUUGCUGUUGCAGAUCCUCCCACCAGYCUGAAUGUCGGGGAGWCCAUGAACCAGAGAAAGCGCCGCACACUGGUYGCCCCCGACAUGAACCUGUCCCUGGAUCAGAGCGAGGGCUCCGUUCUCUCGGACGACUUUCUGGAAACGCCCGACGACCUUGACAUCAACGUCGACGACAUUGAGACUCCAGAUGAGACCGACUCACUGGAGUUCCUGAACAACGGCAACGAGCUGGAGUGGGAAGAUGACACUCCUGUGGCCACAGCCAAACGUCUUCCAGGUGAAGGUGAAGAGGAGAGAGACUCCUCUGGUCGCCUGUGGCGAACRGUGAUAAUCGGCGAUCAGGAGCAACGGAUUGACAUGCAGAUCAUCAGACCUUACCUGCGAGUGGUCACCCAUGGAGGUUAUUAUGGUGAAGGUCUGAACGCCAUCAUUGUGUUUGCAGCCUGCUACCUCCCUGACAGCAGCUGUGAUGAUUACACAUACAUCAUGGAGAAUCUGUUUCUGUACGUUGUGAGCAGCCUGGAGCUGCUGGUGGCUGAAGAUUAUAUGAUUGUUUACCUGAAUGGAGCAACUCCUCGCAGGAAGAUGCCUGGAAUCAGCUGGCUGAAGAGAUGCUACCAGAUGAUUGACAGAAAACUGAGAAAAAACCUGAAGUGUCUGAUCAUUGCACAUCCAACAUGGUUUAUCAGAACCGUUCUGGCCAUCUCACGACCGUUCAUCAGUGUGAAGUUCCUGGAUAAGAUCAGAUACGUUCACACCCUGGAAGAGCUCAGUCACAUCAUCCCCAUGGAGCAUGUGCAGAUUCCCGACUGUGUGCUGCAGUAUGAUGAAGAAAAGCUAAAAGCACAAAAGUUGAGACAGGAACAUGAGCAGCAGCAGCAGACCAAGUCAGCUCUUCCUGGAGAAAGGCAAAAGUCAGUGCUAGCAUCGGUUAACAGUGACAUCUGACAUUAAGCACAAUGAGUUGAAGAUCUGCUGGGGAACGGCCAUUCAGUAAACUCAGCAGCUUGUUGCACAGAAAGGACCCGUUAGCUGCAGGACAAUCACUCCUGAGUAUUUCUCUUGUUUCUCACUUAAACCAAUUCAGAACCUGUUAACAACAAGAUGUUGCAGAUAAAACCGUUUUCUUUCUGCAUGUGAGACUUGAGCUGUACUAUGACGCAUGGCAACUAUUUUAAAUUAARAGAAAACCGUACAGACUCCUUAAAACAACUCUACUUGCAGAUAGAAUCAAACUGAAAUAUUUUGGCAUGGGUUUUUCUUCGGUUUAACGAUUUUGCUUACUGAAUGAUGUGCAAUGACGUUCUUCUUCUUUAACAUGUUCUAGAUGUUACUGAUGCAAAAGUAUUGUACAGUCAUCAGCUUUUCCAGCGUUAAAUAUGCAGUCGGCAUGCUUGUUUGUAUCCUUUCCUUCUUUGGUAUUUGUAUUUGUCUUGUUUUUAAAUGAAAAAAAAAAGGCAGUACUUUUUCAAGACUGAAAGACUGAAUUAUUAUAGAUAAAAUUAAAUAUAUUUAAAGAAAGAGAGCCUGAAGAAUUACUUUAACUGUUAUCUAUGAAAAUGUGCCAUUUAAUGUUUCUAAAAAAUAAAACAAAAUAAAAAAUAAACUGGA